AGGUAAAGAUACUCUUGAAUAUCUAGGCUGUGUAAACACCGACCCAUAUCUCUUUCAACCAGAGCGGCUGAGAGCUGUAGUGGACCGGCAACUGAAUAUUCCAUAGCGAGUAGAUUGUGCUUCGUCAUCGUGACUGGGAUUAUAAUUUCUACAUAUAUUCAACCGCAAGUGGGCUGAACUCAUUCACAGACAGCAUCGCCAUGACUGAGAAAUCCUACACAACAACUUCUGCCUUCCCGCCCCUCACCCCGGGCAAAAUAAGGAUCUACAGCAUGAGGUUUUGUCCUUAUGCUGAGAGGACGAGAUUAGUUCUACAUCACAAGAAUAUUGAACAUGAGAUAGUGAACAUUGACUUGAAGCAGAGGCCAUCUUGGUUCUGGGACAGGAACCCCAACGGCGCUACACCCAUCUUCGAACUGGACGACAAAGUGAUCUAUGAGUCUUUGAUCUGCUCUGACUACGUGGAUGAAGCGUACCCCAACAACAAACUGACCCCCUCAGACCCGUACAGGAGAGCCCAGGACAGGAUCAUUGUGGAACUGUUCUCAAAGGUAGUGUCCUUCUUUAACAAAAUAGCUUUUGGCAAAGAGGUCCCAAAGGAAGCUAUUACAGGAUUCCAUGAGGCUCUUGAUAGGGUUGAGAAGGCUCUUGCAGACAGGGGGACCCCGUUCUUUGGUGGCAGGGCUGUCCAGAUGGUUGACCUGAUGCUGUGGCCUCACGCUGAAAGGUUUGAUGCCAUGACCCAGUUAGUGAAAGAAGCGAGUGUGCCAGCAGAUCGGUACCCAAAGUUUACCAAGUGGAUCAAAAACAUGGUGACGGUACCAGCUGUACAGAAGUGUCGUUGGGAUACACCGUCUCAUGUCCAUUUCGUAGAAACAGCCAAAGCUGGUAAACCAGAUUUUGACGUCGGACUUUGAAUUUGAAUCAGUAGUUUCACAGAACUGUGCAGAUGAUAACAUAAUAUAGCUGUUGUUGCUGCGUAGAUGAUCAUGCCUUCUUGGAGUGUGUAGCUCCAGUGAUGUGUGAUGUCAGAAUCAUUCUGGUCUCACAAGUUUCCACAAUAUACACACUAUACAGUAUAAGGAGCACAUGCAGAAACAAACAUUGAUCUGAACAUUGAAGCUGAUUCAGAGAGAUUUUGGUGACGAAGAAAUUCUCCUUAGAUCAAGGACUUGGGCCAAAGAAGAUUUGCUUUUUACAUUUGUUGCGUUCAUUACAAAUCUGUCUUAACAACACAAGAACCCCGGUGAUAUUAUUUACUUUUUAAAGAUUUGCAACACAAGAACCCUGAUGGCAUAUUUAAACAAGGCAAUAAACUUUGGAACUACCACUUUCGAACAAAAUACACCAAGGUUAUGUCCUUUAUUACAACUGUUUCCUUCGGAUUAGAAAGGACAUGCAUUCAUGGUACUAUGCGAUUGUGAAGAUCUAUCUCCGGGUUAUCACAGACACUGACAUUCGUUCGCCAAUGUAAGGUCGUUGCUUGUAUGAUGAAAUUGAUGAAAAAUUAUACUUUUGGAGCUUCAAUUUUCUGUCCUAAUAAAGCUUGUUCACUGGA